CGACAACCUUCAGGCGAAGGGAUCUAACCAGUAUGUACAGCCUACGUGAUGUGGAUGAUAUCAGUGACUAUGUCCCCAGCCGCUCAAUCAUCGAUACUCUGGUCAUUGAUGAGACGGAUCUGCGGAGUUUGAAGGCUUUUACAAGGGUGUCUUAUCGGACGUCCUUUGGCUCCAGUGGCCAUAGGACAUUCUCAAUUGACCCAAUCAAGGGGAAGGCCGAAGGCAGAGUUAUUUUAUUGCAUGGUGCGCCGGGGACAGGGAAGACAUAUUCGGCCGAAUGUUUAGCUGAGUGGAAUGAGCGACCACUUCUGCGCCUGUCGUGUGCUGAUAUUGGCACUGAGCCAGAAGAUAUUCAAGCAAGGCUGAACAAAUGGUUUAGAUACACGUACCAUUGGAACUCAUUUCUGCUGAUUGACGAAGCCGAUGUCUAUCUGCAUCAGCGGUCCAGUAGAAGCACCUUGAAUGAAGAAGCAAUCAUAUCCGCGUUUCUACAGAGCCUUGGGUACUACCGUGGCAUUAUUUACCUUACCACGAACCGCGUCCUCAAGUUCGAUGACGCCAUCCACAGCCGCGUAUCACUGAUUUUGCAAUACCCCAACCUUGGUGAGAAAGAAAAGAAAAGGAUACGGGAGCAGCAUCUUACUACGCUGGAAAACACCAAGCGGUACGACAUAUGGAAAGGGGCACGGAGUACAUUCGAAGAGGACAUUGCUCAAGGUAGGAUAGACAGGUAG